AUGGCCUCUAAAGAUGCACAGAACCCAAGAAGCAGAGGUCCACCUCAUUUUCUUCCUGGAGCUUCAGACCCAGACCACAGCCAGCACAUCUUGCCUUCUAGUCCAGAGAGCCAGGUGUGGCAGCCAGGACACCCUCUGCCGGGCAGCCUCCCUCCUGGUCUAGAAUAUUUAAGCCAGUUAGAACUCAUCAUUAUACACCAGCAGGUGGAGCUUCUUGGAAUGAUACUUGGCACUGAGACCUCAAACAAAUAUGAGAUAAAAAACAGCUUGGGACAAAGAAUAUACUUUGCCGUGGAGGAAAGCAUCUGCUUCAAUCGGACUUUCUGUUCCACACUGCGAUCUUGCACUCUGAGGAUCACAGAUAACUCGGGUCGAGAGGUGAUCACAGUAAACAGGCCCUUGAGAUGUAACAGCUGCUGGUGCCCUUGCUACCUGCAAGAGUUAGAAAUCCAAGCCCCUCCUGGCACUACAGUUGGUUAUGUUGCACAGAAGUGGGACCCCUUUCUGCCUAAAUUCACAAUCCAAAAUGCAAACAAAGAAGAUAUUUUGAAAAUUGUCGGUCCUUGUGCAACAUGCGGUUGUUUUGGCGAUGUGGAUUUUGAGGUGAAGACCAUGGAUGAAAAGCUUACAAUUGGGAAAAUUUCAAAAUACUGGUCCGGGUUUGUAAACAACGUUUUCACCAAUGCUGACAACUUUGGGAUCCACGUUCCUGCCGAUUUAGAUGUGACCGUCAAAGCAGCAAUGAUCGGUGCUUGUUUUCUCUUUGAUUUUAUGUUCUUUGAACAUUCACUGGCUGGAUUAUAA